AUGAUCACUUUGGAUUAAUAUUUCAAUGUUCUUAGUUAAAUUGGUUAAGAAGCUGAAAACUUAAAACAUUCAUUAUGUUCUCUUGACAAUUUUGAGUCAUACAGUUAUUGGAGUGCAUUGACUAAUAAUUCAAUGUUACUUAAUAUUAAUCAACUUUAAGAUCAGUUUCCAACUUUGUCUGUACAAGGAAUAGCAAUGAUAUAUAAAGUAUUUGAUAGCGAUCUUGAUGGCAAUCUAAACUUUUCAGAGUACAAUAUAAUUAAUAUUAUUAGUUUUUUUGAUAUGAUUAUAUCUAUAGAUAAUCCUAUUUUAAGAUAAGAAAUUACUUUCAGAAAAGUUGAAUAUAAAAUCAAAGGUUUAAUACAAAUAAAUGCAAGAGUUUUUGAACUUUUAUAAUUUUAUUGCAUAAAACUAAUGGAAUUAUAAUAGAUAAAAUAAUAAUUACAUUGCUAAAUUGACUUUAAUGUAUAUUUCGCAUUUUUUAAGAACAAAAAUCUUAAAAUCGAUCAUUAUUGUUAUUUUUUACUCACAAAAGAAUAUAGUAAACAUGAUGAAAACUUAAUAAAUUUUGAAGAUUUCUAUAAAUUCUUAUCAAAUUAAGAUAAUAAUGCAAUAAAUGAAUUAUUUUCUAUAAAUUUAGAAAAGAUUUAAGUAGCUUAAGUAAUUAUUAAGAGAUUUGAAAAAGAAAAGAAGAAUAAAAAACAUAAAUAGUUUAUUAAUAAAUAAUAAUCAUCAGCAUGGUAAUUAUAAAACAGUCCAAAGUAAAUUUAAUAUUUUAGUGUUUAAACAAAUGACAAAAAUGAAAAUAGGAUAUUUUAAGAUUAGAAAAUAUCAGAAUGGACUUAUUGA